UUUGUCUGGCAAGAUUUGAAAGAUUUUUGAAAACCUCCACUGCAUGGAGCCAAAACCAGCUCCCACUGGAGUAUUUGUAAACUGAAGCCUCCAGAAAUACCACAGAACACUUCCCCUAGCCUAGGAAGUGCUCGGAGACAUGGAUUUGAUCUUUGCUCUGUGUUGUGCAAGAGCUUGGCAUAGAAGCCGAAUUCCUGGGGCAUCACCUGUCUUGCCUAGCAGAGCUGGGAUAACUCAUUGGGACAGUGUCUUCCUCCUGCUGUAGCCCAUUGCCCGGGUUAAUGGGUUCAUUCUGUCCUCUCUGGGCCACCAGGCAGAAGUGCCACCCCUAGCCUUUCAUCCCACCCCUUUUCUGGGAGUUCCGGGGCCAGGCAGAGUGCACUGGAUGAGACAGCAAGUGCUUGCCGAAUCCAAACUGCAUUUGCCAGGAGGCAGAAAUUCCUGUUGCUCCCCUUCAAACCUUACUGGGCACUUUGGGAGCACACUGCCAAACCCUUCUGGUGUGUUUGUAAAAUUUACUUGCUAGUUUCUGAAGGUUGGAUGUGCCUGAAGGGUGUGGAGGGGUCUGACAUGACCGUGGAGCAGAAACCUGAACAGAAAGGGGAGGAGGCAACAACAGUGGAAGCAAAAAUAUUUCAGGAUUGGAAGCGUGCCAAGAGAACUGUUUGCAGGAAACAUUUCUGUUCCGGCAAGGUGUAGGAAGGUUUUUUUCCUUCCCCCUCCAGUUAAUGACCUUGCAUUCGUGCGUGGUGGGGCCGGUGUCCCGCUCUGUCCCAUCCCGGCUGGCAGUGGGAUGCACAAAGCCGCCGCAGUCUCGGGCGGUGCCGGGGGCUCGUCGGGCUCAGGCAGUGGCGUGCUGCCAGCCCAGGCCUGUUCCUAUGCUUACGUCCUGCGGGCGUGUCCCUUAAAUCCCGCACAGGAGCGGCACGGGGCAGGCAAGCGCCAGCGGAGCCGAGCGGAGUGGUGUCAGCGGAGGAGAGAUGGCCUCGGUGGGUCCCUCUGCAGCCUCCACGCUGCCCGCCCUGCCCUCCGGACCCGCCGUCUUCAAAACCAUCCCCUAUGCAUUCAUCCUGCCGGAGAUCCUCUGCGGGACCUGGGUGUGGAUCCUUGUUGCUGCUACCUCCGUCUCCUUGCCGUUGCUGCAGGGAUGGGUGAUGUACGUGUCUCUCACCUCCUGCCUCAUCUCCCUGCUGCUCCUCUUAAGCUACCUCCUCGGCUUCCACAGGAACAGCGAGAACUGGAAAGUGCUGGACAGUUUGUACCAUGGCACCACAGCUAUUCUGUACAUGAGCGCCGCUGUCCUGCAGGCCAAUGCGACCAUCAACUCUGAGUUCGGCGUCAAUGUGCCACUCAACUACCAACUCAACAGCGCUGCAUCGUUCUUUGCCUUCCUCACGACUUUCCUGUACAUCCUCCACGCCUUCAGCAUCUACUACCAGUGAUCCUGGCAGCACCCAGAUUCAUCUUUUCAGGAUGAGGGCUUUCCCAGUGUGACAGUCCCAAGGUGUCUCUGCCCCAGCCCUGUCACCAGGCCUCAGGAACAGCAAGUCCUUUUGCACUUCAUCACAGGAGGAAUUUUGCUGGCACACGUUGGUUUGCCUGUGGGACAUUUCUUGCCUUGCCUGGGGGAGGGACUUGCAAGGGGAGGGACCAGGUGCAGGCCCCAAGCCUCCAAUAUCGACAUUCUGCCAAAUAUUGACAACCAUGGGAAGAGGGGAAAAAAAAAAAAAUCACUGUUCCUUCAGCAAACAAUCUCCUUCCUUAUGUAAUUUACCUUUCUUUGGUUCAGCUCCAUCCCUCCCCAACACAAGUUCAUAACAAUGAUACAAUGUUCCUUGACUUUCAGAUGGUUUCAUUUAGUAAAUGCUAUAUUUGGAAUAAAGUGUCAAUGGACAGAU